UGAGCGGUUGGAACAAAAUGCAAAAAAAGAAGAAGAAUGAGAUUCAAUUAAAUGAAUUAUUGAACAAAAAUAAAAAAAUGACUGAGUUUUGUAAUACUGCAAGUAGUGUCUCGGUAUCAGCUACAGCGAGAGCGAGUUCAAAUUCACUAACUAUGUCAAUAAUGUCAGCACCAGUUCCAGGUAGUGCUAAUAGUGUCCCUGCAGACUCAGCUACAGCGAGUUCAAACUCAUUUAUGUCAGCACCAGUUCCAGAUAGUUCAGCGAGUUCAAACUCAUUUAUGUCAGCACCAGUUCCAGGUAAUUCUAAUAGUGUCUCAGCAGACUCAGCUAUAGCGAGUUCAAACUCAUUUAUGUCAGCACCAGUUCCAGGUAGUUCAGCGAGUUCAAACUCACUAUCUAUGUCAGCACCAGUUCCAGGUAAUUCUAAUAGUGUCUCAACAGACUCAGCAACAGCAAGUUCAAGCGUCUCAACUAUCUCAGCAGUGUUACCCCUGGCUCUGACGACCUACACUGUCAACACCGAUGUGGUUAAGUGGAUUAUAACCGACGACCUGCGUGAGUAUUUCAGCAAAAGUGCAGAUGGGUUUUUAUCAUGCCAACAUAUGGAUAGCGAUUUUAAAUUAUCUACUAAAGUACUGCUUGGUGACACUUUUAAGUUUAAACGACAGUGUACAAAGUCCCUUUUUUUCCGGGAAAAAGUGAAUGGUGAGAAAAUUAAGAGAGACUGGAUUUGCUAUUCCCCAUCAACUGGUAAGGUUUUCUGCGCCCAUUGUAAAUUAUUUAAUUCAAAAUGUGGAAUUGGAGCAUCUGCUUUGAUGUCAUAUGAUGAUUGGAAACACGCUGCAAGAGACUUAGCUCGCCAUGAAACAAGUGAAACCUACAUUCAAUAA